GCGCUUCCUGCUUAUAAGCUGAGUUCUGGAACCGGCCGUCCAGAGGGUCCGGUCGGAGCUGGAGACAGCAGCGGGGCCAGGAUGCCGCGGGAUUACUCGGGGACUUACCAACUGGUCCAACAGGAAAACUUGGACGCCUACCUCAAGGCACUGGACAUCGGGUUGGCGCUGCGGAAGGUGGUAAACCUGCUUCAGCCCACCAAGGUGGUGCACCAGGACGGAAGUCACAUGGUCAUCCGCACCCUCACCGCCCUGAGCUCCUACACCAUGGAGUUCGACGUGGGCGUCCCGUUCGAGGAGGACCUGGGUCCCAUCGACGGACGCAAGUGUCAGACGACGGUCCAGUGGGACGGAGACCGGCUGGUGUGCACGCAGCUUGGCGAGAAACAGGACCGGGGAUGGACCCACUGGCUGGAGGGAGACAUGCUGCACCUGGAGAUGCACGCAGAGGGAGCCGUCGCCAAGCAAGUAUUCCAGAGGAAGACAUAGAUCGCAACUGGAGACAGGGCUGCUUCCCACCUCCCAAACUACCCCCACCCUUCCUCUCGGCCCUCCCCUUUCCUUUCACCCACCCUCCCUGAAUCCCAGACCAUCUGAGUUUCUCAACACUCCCCUGCCUCACUCCUCCCUUUGCAGCCUCUCCUCUCCUUCAUCCUGUUAAAAUCCCAUUAACCGUUAACAUGCCAAGCCUGCGCCAAUGUCCGUGGUUCACCGGCUGUUUGGCACCUCGUUUAUGUGUAGCUUUUCUCCAGCUUGCAUACGGUGACAUAUAUGCACUUCGAUAAUAAAUUCCUACUUUGGCUUGAAAGGGCAAGUGAGUCUGUGGAUGCCACCAAAUCCGCCAGUGUGGUAGAUGCAGGAGUCUGCGAGCGACUGGCAAAGGAACUCAGCAGGUCGGGCUGUGAACAUCCUCCCGGUGAAGGGCCCCGACCCAAACCCUCAGCCAUUCAUUCCCCUUCUCGGAUGCUGCCUGCCCUGCCGAGUGCCUCCAGCACUUUGUGGCCGUUGCCAGCCUCCCGUGUGGAAGGUUGCCUUGGCUUACAGUGGGGCCUACACUCAGUGGCCCUCCCGUCCCUCAUAACGUGCCCCCUGCGUCUAUGCUCGUGGUCUUCUACUGCUGUAGUCCACCCACUGUGAGGUUCGAGCUGUUGUGCGUUCAGAGAUGCUCGUCUGCACACCACCGUUGUAACGUGUGGUUAUUUGAGUUACUGUCGCCUUCCUGUCAGCUUGAACCAGCCUGGCUACUCUCCUCUGAACUCUCUCACUAACAAGGUGUUUUCACCCUCAGCUGUCACUCACUGGGUGCUUGAUGUUUGUCUCACCAUCCCCUGUCAACUCUUGAAAGUACGUGAUCAACAGUUUCUGGGAUCCUCAAACCACCCCGCCUGGCACCAACAACCAUCAA